AGAUGCUGGUGAUGUCAGGUGUGUCGAAGGACCAAAUACUCGGGUAUCUUCGAUGUUGUUUAUGGACCUGGAGCAGAAGGACCUUUGCCCGUUCAAGGCAUCUGGCUUCGUGAUCUAUGGAGUGCCUUUGCUCGUCAUACUGUCCGUGUGCUUGGCGGUAACGAUGAUAUACCUGAAGCGCGAGAGACAAAUCAAGAUCUGGCUUUAUGCUCACGGUCUCCGAUGCGUUAAGGAGGACGACCUGGACAAAGACAAAACGUUCGACAUCUUCCUCUCCUUCAGCAGUAAGGACUCCGACUGGGCGUAUACCCAUCUUUUACCUGGUCUCGAAGAAUCUGGGUUCUCUGUGUGCACUUACGACCGGAACUUCAAAGGUGGCUUUCUCUUGCAAGACAUCAUUCAAGAGGCCGUUGCAUGUUCUCGUCGCACGCUCUUGCUGCUUACACAAAAUUUCGUGGAAAGCGAAUGGUGCCGCUGGGAGUUUCGAGUUGCUCAUCAUAACGGCCUCCAGGACAAAGUCAACCGCCUUAUCAUUGUCGUCGCUGAAGAUGUUCCCGAAGAUAUCGACGAUGACCUCGCCCUGUACAUGCGAACCACCAACUAUCUGCGCUGGGGAGAAAAAAACUUUUGGGAUAAGUUGCGAUAUUCAUUACCGAAGAAGGACAUGAAAUACGAUGCUCUUCCGAUUCCUGGGGGUACUCCCCUUUCUAGGAUUUACAAGGAUAGUAUCCAGCGGUGACACCACUGUGCUGGUUGUGCGUUCUUACUACCUGUUCCUGCAGCCGCGUGUCGCCGCAACACGCAUGGACAGGAUGAAGUGACCUCUCGCGGAAAACCGCUGCUCUAGUGAACCUGGUCCCGAGCUACGAGUUCCCGGUCCCGGCCCUGAGCUAUGAGUUCGGUGACCGAGACAUGAUCGGGCAUAUUGUGACGAGGAAGACGAAGGUGUCUGUGGUGGUGGUGGUCGCCGUGAUGAUGGUGAGAGGGCCGUUGUCGGCCUCACACUCGUGGGCAACGUCACGCGACUGACGCCCUGUCGAAUGCGCAUCCUGGGCAGACUUCUAAGGGAAGAGAAAGACGAAGCCUAGGCCAACUGGAAGCUGUUCAUGAAAUCACCAGUACCUCAGCUUGUGCCGUCUGUAGGUCUUAUCAAGCCUACAAUCACGUCAUUGACAUUCAUCUGGAGGUUCCUGAAGUCGCCGCAACCAGUGAAGCCUCGUGCACAGGCUCUGUCAUUGGCGCAGUUGGAUUUAGGAAGUAUGUUACUGCGUUAAGCAUUAGGGCUAAAGGGGCGCUAUAGAAUGCAAAUAUUUCGCCUCGCGAGAAAAAAAAAAGAAAGGCUCCAUUUCCUUAACAUCAACAUAGAAGGAAUGGGAUUAAUUCGCUAGCGUCGCUUACGUAGCGUAAUUUACGCUACCUUUUUCCCUCUCCUUCUGAAGAAGGCCAAAAAAGCAGAGCGUGCUCUCGUUGGACUCCUCAAGCGAUAUGUCCAACCAUCGCGGGAGUUCGUUCGAGACAAUCAAUCCGACGUUUCUCCGCAUUGUCGGGACCUUCUUGAAAAAGAGAGCGAGGUACGGGGUAAAUUGCAGUUUCGUACGAUUUCAAGCAAGCGGAGAGGAGGCAGCGCUGUCAGUCGUAUUCUCGAUUCUGUUCUAUUCUUGUGUGUUCUGUUCAUCUGUGUAUUUCCUUGAUCAUACUUGUCAAAUUUUAAAUACAAGCACAGCUAGUUUAAUUACAGAACGAACCAUCUUUUAUAAUGCCAAGGCCAAAAACAAGGUCAAGUCAGAGGGGAUAAUAAUCUCUCAGAACGCCCUUUUUUUAAAGUUGUUUCGUUCUGUAAUUGAACUAGCUGGGUUUGACACUUCGUCUCUGUGUUAUCGUUCCUCGUCAUCUCCCUGUGUAUUGGCACGGCUGCUCAUUGUCAGCUUUACGUGAUAGACACAAACGUAUAGUUUCUUAUGUAUCUUACUAGGUUCAUCAUCAUUAUACGUGUCAUCAAAAAACAAAGAAAAUGAUGUUGAGUGUAGCAUCCACCCCCGUGCACUUGAGCUUUCAUGUACAAACACAAGAUAGAAUAAAGUAAAAAAGGGGGGCUGUUUGGUGACUCAUAUUAAAAGCAGU